AUGAUUACCGUUAGUGUAAAAUGGCAAAAGGAGAUGUUUAAAGCUGUGGAAAUUGACACUACUCAGCCCCCUUAUGUAUUCAAAUGCCAAUUAUACGACUUAACCGGGGUACCUCCUGAAAGACAGAAGAUAAUGGUUAAAGGUGGUUUAUUGAAGGAUGAUGCAGAGUGGUCGACAUUAGGAGUAAAAGAGGGUCAAAAAUUGAUGAUGAUGGGGACAGCAGAUGAGAUUGUCAAGGCUCCAGAGAAGGGUCCCGUUUUUGUGGAAGAUCUCCCUGAAGAAGAACAAGCUAUUAACUUGGGUCAUAGUGCUGGUCUAUUUAAUUUAGGAAACACCUGUUAUAUGAACUCCACCGUACAAUGUCUGCAUUCAGUUCCGGAGUUGAAGUCAGCUUUGAUCAAGUAUUCACAUUCUGGAAGAAGCAAUGAUGUGGAUCAGACUUCUCAUAUGUUGACUAUUGCAACUCGUGAUUUAUUUGGUGAACUGGAUAAAAGUGUCAAGUCUGUGGCACCCAUGCAAUUUUGGAUGGUAUUGCGUAAAAAGUAUCCUCAAUUUGGUCAGCUGCAUAAUAAUACCUUCAUGCAACAGGAUGCUGAAGAAUGUUGGACACAGCUUUUGUACACCCUUUCUCAGUCUCUAAGAUCGUCGGGUUCUAGUGAAAGUCCAGACACAGUUAAGGCCCUUUUCGGCGUUGAACUUGUUAGCAGGGUGCACUGCGUAGAAAGUGGGGAAGAAAGCUCAGAAACAGAAUCAGUGUAUUCCCUUAAAUGCCACAUAUCACAUGAGGUGAACCAUUUGCACGAAGGGUUAAAACAUGCUUUAAAAUCGGAAUUGGAAAAAAAUUCUCCUUCUUUGGGGCGUAGUGCGAUCUACCUGAAGGAGUCUCGUAUCAAUGGCCUUCCAAGGUACUUGACCAUUCAGUUUGUCCGUUUUUUCUGGAAGAGGGAAUCAAAUCAGAAGGCCAAGAUUUUGCGGAAAGUGGAUUACCCUUUGCAAUUGGAUAUUUUCGAUCUCUGUUCAGAUGAUCUUCGCAAAAGAUUGGAAGCUCCUCGCCGGACUCUGAGAGAUGAGGAAGGUAAAAAACUUGGUUUGAAAUCCAAUGAAAAGAGCUCUGGUUCAAAAGACAAUGAUAUCAAGAUGUCUGAUGCGGAGGGAUCCUCAAAUGGAAGUGGAGAAGCAUCUAAUCCUACGCCCGAUGAAGGUGCCAUGACUGGAAUUUAUGAUUUGGUUGCUGUGCUGACACACAAGGGUCGUAGUGCCGACUCAGGCCAUUAUGUUGCCUGGGUCAAGCAAGAAAGUGGGAAAUGGAUCGAGUAUGAUGAUGACAAUCCCAUCCCACAGCGGGAGGAAGACAUCACCAAACUCUCUGGAGGAGGUGAUUGGCAUAUGGCCUAUAUUUGCAUGUACAAGGCCCGUACUGUCCCUAUGUGA